UGAGACUGGGGAUGUCUGAGGCUCAUUCUGCCCUUGAACCCACCAGGAACGAAAGAGAGCUCCAUCUGCCCUCCAGAAACCCAGCCAUGAACUCCCUCUUCACAAGUGCCUUCCCGCCAGCGUUCCUCUCACUGGGGCUGCUCCUGGUGAUGGCUACUGGCUUCGUUACCCCAGCACCUGCAGGUGGUGUCACCUCAAAUAAGCCAUCACUCACCACUCCAGGAAACGUGGAACAGCGUGUGAAAUACAUGCUCUCUAAAAUCAGUGAACUGAGAAAGGAGCUGUGUAGCAAGUUUGACAAGUGUAACGACCAGGACGCAGUUUCAGCAAACAACAUGCACCUUCCAAAACUGGAAGAGAGAGAUGGAUGCUUCCAAUCUGGGUACAAUCAGGAUAUCUGUGCACUAAGAUUUACCAGUGGUCUUCUGGAGUAUGAGAUCUACCUGGAGUAUGUCCAGAGCAGUUAUGAUGGUGAUGAGGACAAGGCCAAGAAUUUGGAGGGCAGCAUCAAAGCCCUGGUCCAGGCCCUACAGGAAAAGAUGAAAAAUUUCAAUUUAGUAUGCAUCCCUAGCCCAUCAGCAAGAGAAGGCCUGUUGUUUAAGCUGAAGUCACAGGCUCAGUGGCUGAAGAACUCGACCAUUUACUUGAUCAUGAGGGGCUUUGAAGACUUCCUGGAGAUCGGCAUACGGGCUGUUCGUAACUAUUAACCUGGCCAUCUAAGAUUGUUAUAGUUCAUGGGCAUUCCUUCCUCUGGUCAGAAAUCUGUUUGUUCUCUAUGAAGGACUUCAGGUGUGAGCGUUACGACACUAUUUUAACUAUUUUUAAUUUAUUAAUAUUUAAUUAUGUGAUGUUGAGUUAAUUUAUACCAGUGAUUAAUAUUUAUAUUUUUCAUGGAGUGCCACUUGAAACAAGUUUAUGUAUUAAUUUUGAAAAAAUAACAUAAAAUGGCCAUGCAGCUUGAAUACCCUCGAUGUUUCAGAGCCAGAUCAUUUCUUGGAAUGUGUAGGCUUACCUCAAAUCAAUUGCUAAUUUAUACACAUUUUUAAAGAAAUAUUUAUAAUUAUAUUUAUAUAAUUGUUUAAAUCAUUUCAACCA